UAAUCUACGUUUUUUUCCGAAUCUCUCAUAUAUAUAAUGAUUACGACAAAAACACUGCCUGCCAAAUCAAAUGAUUAUAACAGCAACCGAUAGCAAAAUGAGUGGUAAAUUAAACAUUUUUCAUAAUAAUAAUAAUAAUUGUCAAAAUGAAAAUUCUUCUGGCAAACAAAUUUCAAUAUUGAAUGAAAAAAAUUUAACCAGUAAAAAAAUUUAUUUCGGACGAAUAACUUUGGGUAUUAUUUAUGAAAAAUACGCCAUACCGAAUCUAAACUAUUGGGGAUUGAAAGAAUUGUAUAAAUUUUUUAAAAAAGAAGAACAUGAAACAUUAUCAAAAGAACAAUGUCAGAAAUUAUUUUCUGUUUUUACAAAUGGAACAACAACAAAGAAAAAUUUUUUAACAAAAGAUGAUUUUUUUCAACUAUUACAUAUGCAAAGAUUUGAUAUAAUCAAUCCAAUACAUUCGAAACAAUGUUUAAAUAUGAAAAAAUCAUUAGUAAAUUAUUAUGUAGCUACUUGUACAAUUUUGACAAUAAAACCGCCAGUCAAUGGUCUUGAUUAUUUGUCACCAAAAUAUAAAAAUUUAUUUGAACAAAAUCUAUUGGAUAAAUAUGAUCGUCGAUUGUCGUUAUGUAGAUGUUUUUAUCUAAAACUCGAUUGGAAUGAAGAACAAAUUAGUGUGUUGGUAAAUAAUUUUGAUUCCAAACAAGAAAUGAUUGGUAUUACAUUGGAAACAUUACUUAAUCACAUGUCUAAACAUGGAUUCGAUAAGAAUCCAUGGCCAAUAAUAUUGAUAUUUGAUUGUAAAAAUCUUAUCGCUAAUAAUCGAAUGAAUGAUCUAAUCAAAACGUUAUGUUCGACAAUUCCCGAGCAACAAAUAUUUAACAAAUCAACAUCAUCAUCAUCAUCUGAAACCAAUCAACUGAAAUGUUAUUUUCCAACAUUUUUACAAAAUUCAAAUCAAACAGCAUGGCCAUCGUUAAGAACAUUACGUCGUAAAUUUAUUCUCAUUAUCAAACAUUCUGAUUCGAUUAAUACUGUUCUUAUGAAUCUUCAAAAUAAUAAAGCUGAUUGGGUUCAUUCGAAUGAAUCAACAAAUAUCGACCGAUUAGCAAAUGAUAAAUGCUUAGCUCUUUCGCUUGAUUCACAACUUAUUAAUGAUUCAAUUGAACGAGAUCGUAAAUGUAUUCAGGAUGAUUCGAUUGCUGUUUUGACUUGUAAAACAUUAACUUGGAACAACAAUAGUCUGAUUGAGUCCAAUGUCCAUCAUUCAAUAGAUUUGAUUCGAAUGGGCAUUCAAUGUUUACCAUAUAGAAUUGAUGAAAAUUUGGAUGAUAACAAUGAUGACCAACUAUGUCGAUCAUUAUUCGAUACAUUAAAUGGAUCAUGUGGUUAUGUUCUGAAACCAUCUUCAUUAAGAAAUGGUCAAAUGUAUUGUAUUGGAAUAAGUGAAGAUAGUUCAUUACCGGAUGAACCAUCUGCAGGUCCAAUUCAAUUUCUAUUAACAUUAUAUUGUAUCGAAGAUUUAAUGCAAUUUGAUUUAUGUAAAAAUCCAAUGAAAUGUAAAGUAAUUGUACAUAUAAUUGGCUAUUAUGAUGAUAAUAUUCGAUAUGAAACUGAAACCUGUAACACUAAAGGACAAAUACCAUUCUGGAAUAAACAGAUUCGACCAGUUAUUCGGUUACCUAAUUUUACAUUUAUCCGUUUCGAAGUUUAUAAUUGUGAUCGAUUAGUUGCCAAUAGAACAUUACCACUAAAAGCUAUCCGAAGGGGAAUAAGAUAUAUUUCACUGGAAGGAAAAAAUGGACAUAACAAUGGUGGCAAAUUAUUUGUUCAAUGUAAUUUUAAAAAAAUUGCCGCUUGUUGGUCACCAGAUUUCAGAUCAUCUGAUGAUCAACAACAAUCGAUUGUUGAUGAUGAUCAAAAACAUCAACAACAACAAAAACCUUUUGAUCAUCCGAAUUUAGAUUUUAUCGAUUCAGAUACUGAAUUUGAAAAUCAACAU